AUGCCAAAAUGCCAAGAGGCAGAAAGCGACAAUGCUGAUCGGUUGACUCAAAUGAAUCGUCGCUUAAACGAGCUACAGGAGGAGCUCGAAGUGCAGAAUAAAUACAUUCAACGACUAAAACGUAAUAGCGUUGCUUUUGAUGAAGCCGUUUAUGAAGCUGAAAAUAAAUUUGUUUCUAAGCUCGAGGCACAGAAGGGGGAAACUGAGAAACUAUCAAACAGAAUUUUGGAGUUAAAAGUCAAGGAAGAGCUUAAAGAAAAGCUUCAAACCUUCAAAGAAGUCGAUGGAAAGCGUCACAACGAAAUAACGGAAUUGACUGAAUUAAACAGGAGCAUGAUCAUCACAAUAGAAGUCUUAGAGAGGGACAGUGAAGCAAGUGCGGUAGAACUGACACAAUCGCGCCAACAACUUGCGCAAAUGAAUAAUAAGAGCAUCACUAUCACCAAAUCGCCCCGUCCUGAAUAA